AUGCACACGUUUUAUAAAACUGUAUUUCCCAUCUUAAAUACAGAAAAGAACCCCAACUUCUUUCCAGUUCCUGAUGGUCUGUGGUGUUUGUUUGUGCUAUUAUUUCAACUUACAUUCAUCCUUAAGUAUUUUACUUUUAAUCGGAUGAGGCUGUCAGGCGCGGCAGCUGGAGCAGUUUCCAGGACAGGGCGGUGUCCCGGGUGGAGCACGGCUCCAUCCGCGCCGGGCAGGCUUUGGGAGCGCGGCGGUGGCACCGGGGGCAGAGGCCACACGCCCCAUAGUCACGCCCUUCAUCAUGUGGCCACGCCCCCUCCGUACCUCUGUUCCCGCCCCCGGGGGCGCGAGGUCUGUGCGCGAGGGGAGCGCCCAGCGCAGCGGCGAUUGGCUGCCCUGCCCCUGCCCCACGCUGAUUGGUGGGAGCGCCGGCCCGGCGGGAUUGGCCCGUUCAAAGGGCGGGCGUGCGCCACCAUGGAGGCUGUGCUGUGCACCGAGCACGGGUCUCUCUGCUUCCUGAAAACGGGUGUCCGCGAUGGCCCCAACAAAGGGAAGAGCUUCUACGUGUGCGGGACGCAUAGCUCUGCUGCCUGCGACUUCGUCCUCCCAGCGCCGGUUCCUGCUUCUCACUGCUUGAUCCAUGAGGGAUGCGUGGUGGAGCUGCAAGUCCUGGUUCAGCAGCCGGACAGAGAUGAAUACCAGUUGUUUUACCGGUGCCUUAAGAGUAAGUUGAAUGGGAAGAAAUGGUGUGGAAGCGUCCCAUGGCAGGAUCCAAAGGCUACCAAAGUGUCAAAACCCUUGGAAUCCCAGCCCAGAGCAGUACCUUUCUUCAAUCCUACUAGCCAAAGAAAUCCAUUCAAAGUGCUAGACAAGAAUUGUGCACCAUCAUCCUGGAAACAAAUGAUGGAAAGAAAGGGAGAGGAAAGUAAAGAAAAAGGAACUAAAGCAGAGAAUGAGAGUGUGCUGGUGUCACAUAAAGAAAAGAAAUCAACUUCUGAUUCUUCCAUGGAGACAGUACCUCUUGAAGAGCUCAAAAAUAAAAAGAAAACAUCCACAGGAAGUAAAAGUGACCCAGAACUUCAGGAGACUACAGUGUCUGAAUCUAAACUUUGCCUUUCUGAGACCAGGAAAGGGAAAAAUACACUUUCAGAGGAAGAGAAAUAUGGUGGCAGUGGCAGGGAGUCCAAGAAGCCUUCUGAUUCUGUGGGCAAGGAGCCAGGUGCAAGAUCAAAACUCUUGCCACUAAGUCUUCAAAAGCAAAGUACAAGUACCAAGCCUCCAGGAGAGGAGCAGCUUGGAGAAAAAAGCUUAAAAAGUUGUAGGGAUAAAGAAACAAGAGAGAAAGAUUGCACUGGUGAGAAGAAUGAUGAAAUGAAACCAGUGUCUAAGGAAGAUGCCCCUUCCCCAGCAGGAGCACAGUCGACAUCGCAGUGUGCUGCUCUGAGGGGAGGGGCAGAGCUGCUCAAGGCACAACUCGGGCCAGGGCUGCCACAGCCUCCUGGUGAAGCCUCUGGCAGUGACAGUGAUGAAGUACAAUUUGUUUGCUCAUCAUCAGGUAAAAGUAAACCUGAGAAAUCAGUUGAGAUUCCUUCAGGAAAAUCAGGAAAGAAUGUGCAGGGGACAUCUUUGCCAGGGGCAGCAGCAUCACAUCACAUGGAAGGACCCCAGGACCCUAAAGUGCUUCAUAACCAUCUUGCAGUCCAGCUGAAACAGAAAAAGAGUACAUUGGCUACGGUGAACAUCCAGUUGCUGCCAGAUAAAGGGGAACGGUUAUUAAAGCAAGUGCAGGAUUUGGAAGCUGCACUCAGUGCUCUUAACAUUUCAACAGCAGAUCCUAGUGAAAAAGGGCAGGAUAGCACAAGAAGCAGUUGCCAUGAAGAAGCUUUGUCUAACCAAGCUGACAGGCCAGGUGGUACAAAGUUGAUAACACCACUCCCACUCCAGGAUCCUACAGCAAAGGCUUCUCCAGGCUCACACAGUCACCCCUUGGCUGCUGCUACUUUGGGUUCCAGUGGCCAAAGUUUUGGAAUGAGUGUUGAUGUGCAGAGUCGGUAUGAAGGAAGAAUGACAGAAGACCGAAUCAGGGCUGUACACAGUGCCACAUUUGAGGCUAUUAAUCAUCUUCACAAAUCUCUAGAAUCCUGUCCAACACAGGAGACAGCAGCUGAAGAUCCCUCUGGACUGAAGGUUCCACUGCUGCAGCACCAGAAACAGGCGCUUGCAUGGCUCCUCUGGAGAGAGAGUCAGAGGCCAUGUGGAGGAAUUCUGGCGGAUGACAUGGGCUUGGGGAAGACUCUAACGAUGAUUGCUCUCAUUCUGGCCCAGAAGCAGCUGAAGACAGAAAAAAGAAAGGAGACGUUGGAAAUAUGGCUGUCCAAAAAUGACUUCACUAUUGUCCCUUCACAUGGCACUUUAGUCAUUUGUCCUGCAUCGUUGAUCCAUCACUGGAAGAAAGAGAUUGAGAGACGCGUGGCCUUUGGCAAACUGAGGGUCUAUUUGUACCACGGGCCCAAUCGAGAUAAGCAUGCAGAGGUGCUUUCUGGAUAUGAUGUUGUUGUCACAACCUACAGCCUUAUCUCCAAGGAGAUUCCCACAAGCAAAGAGGAGGGGGAAGUCCCUGCUCAGGACCAUGAUGUGGUGGUGAGAAGCCAUAAUAGUGGAUCAUCUCCCUGUUCCCCUCUGCUCAGGGUAGCUUGGGCUCGAAUUAUAUUAGAUGAAGCUCACAAUAUUAAAAACCCGCGGGUUCAAACCUCUAUAGCUGUGUGCAAACUGAGAGCCAGUGCCAGAUGGGCUGUCACUGGGACACCAAUACAGAACAACUUGCUGGACAUGUACUCUCUCCUGAGGUUUCUACGUUGCUCUCCUUUUGAUGAAUACAAAGUGUGGAAGUACCAGGUAGAUAACAAUACAAGGAAGGGAGGGGAGAGGCUGAGCCUCUUAACCAGGAGCCUCUUACUGCAGAGAACUAAGGAGCAGCUGGAUUCGGCUGGCAAGCCCCUGGUAUCUCUGCCCCAGCGUAGCACACAUGUGCAUCAGUUAAAACUUACAGCAGAGGAGCAAUCUGUGUACAAUGUGCUCUUUGCAAGAUCCAGGUCAACACUACAAUCCUACCUAAAGAGACAAGAACAGAAAAAUGAAGGCAGAGAGUAUGAUGGUGGUAACCCCUUUGAGAAAGUUGCACGAGAGUUUGGAGUCAGUCAAAAGGAAUUUGUAGCAGGCUCACAAAGUGCCUCCCAGGUCUCAAGUGCUGUCCAUGUCUUAUCCAUGCUCUUGAGGCUCCGUCAGUGCUGCUGCCAUCUCUCCUUACUGAAAAUGGCUCUGGAUCAAGUUAACUUGAAUAGCGAAGGCCUUGCACUCUCCAUUGAGGAUCAGCUUGGUGCUCUGACACUGUCUGAGCUCCAGACUCCUGAUUCCAAAUCAACAGUCUACCUCAAUGGCACAGCUUUUCAAACAGAGAUCUUUGACAUCACCAGGGAGAGCACCAAGAUAACUCAACUCUUGACUGAAUUGAAGACUAUUCAGAGUCACUCAGAGCCUCAGAAAAGCGUGGUUGUCUCUCAGUGGACGAGCAUGCUCAAAGUUGUGGCUGUGCACCUGAAGCGCCUGGGGCUGAAGUAUGCCACAGUGGAUGGCUCUGUCAAUCCCAAACAGAGGAUGGAUGUGGUGGAAGAGUUCAAUAACAAUCCCAAAGGGCCUCAGGUAAUGUUGGUUUCGUUGCUGGCUGGAGGCGUUGGCCUGAACUUGACUGGAGGAAACCAUCUCUUUCUCCUUGACAUGCACUGGAAUCCUGCUCUGGAGGACCAGGCAUGUGACCGCAUCUACCGUGUGGGGCAGCAGAAGGAUGUUGUGAUACACAGGUUUGUCUGUGAAGGAACAGUGGAAGAAAAGAUCCUGCAACUCCAGAAGAGGAAGAAAGGUCUUGCCCAGCAGGUUCUAUCAGGCAAAGGAGAGACCUUCACUAAGCUCACUCUGGCUGACCUCAAAAUUCUCUUUGGCAUCUAAUUAUCAUUUGCAAUGCCCAAAAGAAAGUAAUUUAUACCUACUGUAACUGUGCAGAUUUCAACAUAAGACUUCUGUUCUGAGGUGGUAAUUUAUUUUGAACAAGCAACUACAUUUUUAUAACUGUUCUGGAAAGUUGCCAACUUCAAUAACUAGUUUCAAUAUUGAUUGUGUAUCCAAAGGUUAAUAAAGUUUUUAAACAAAAAUA